UUUGGACUUUGGACUCUCCGAGCACGAUCCUUACGGGGUAGGACUCCAGCGGGCUCAGGAUGUUUGAGAAGAUCGAGGCGAGCCGCGGUCGGUUCCUUCCAGCCACCAAGGGAGUACCCCUGGCUCAGACCCCCGAGGGAGAUCGGCUGGUGGCUGCGGACCACGACUGGGACACGCUGCCCACCAAGGGCAGCGACCGCCACUGUCCGACCUACGACCGGGUCUUGGAGGACGUCAACCGCCUGUCCAGCCUCCUGGGUCGCUUCUUGCAAGCGACGGACGAACUGGUCGGCGCAAAUGCGGCGCGGACGCAGCCGCUGACGGGGUCGCUCGCAGCUCGCCGGAUCUCCCGCCGAAGUUUGCGGCUGGAGCGGUGCGACUCCGGCGUGAGCGCGGGGGCUCGGGCGCAGAGCAGGAAAGUAGCGGCAGAUCAGCGGCUGGAUGGAGAGGACCCGAUGGACGAGGGUCUGGCCGAGCACGAGUGGAUGAUGGCAGCGGCCGGAGGCGAUCUGGAGAAGCUGACCGCUCUGCUGGACUCGGUGCCCAGUCUGUUGAACAGGAAGGAUCCGGUGACGGGGCUGACGGCGGCGCACUGGCUCGCCAAGCAGGGAAACGACGGCGCGCUGCGGGAACUGGUGCGCCUGGCGGAAGAUCGCGGCUUGCGCCUGGACCUGAACUGUCGGGCCGGGGGAGGGGGUCACACACCCUUGCACCUGGCGGCCAUGCAGGGACACCAGAUGGUCAUCAAGCUACUGAUCGGCGCCUACAACGUCGACGUGGAUGCCCGUGACUUCGGCGGUAGGAAAGCCUGCCAUUACCUGGCCAGCGGGGUCCCCGGCAAAUUCCGGGAGCUGGUCGGGGCGGAGAACCGGGAGCGCCCGCACGGGACGGCAGACCACUCCAAGAAGUGCGCCCGGUCGCAGGAGGCGGAGGAAACUCAGGUGGACGGUCAGUUGAAAAAGCCCCAAUUCCCUGUAAUCGCCUCAUUGCAGAGAAUCUUACAAGCAAAUUAUCGGCGUUGGUGGAAACGCACCUCGUUUUAGACUGCGUACACUAUAGACGCGGUGUAGACUGAGAACCCGGCACUACUAAAUUUUCUAUAGCACCAGCCAUGUUCCUAUUGACGGGGCACCCCAAAGCACUUUACCUCUGCGAAGGAAUCGCUGCCAGACAGCAAAUGAGCCAACGAACAUUAAUGUCUAAAAUUUAAUGUGACAGUGCGUUUGAAUUGCGUUCAAAAGCACAAUUAUUUGCUCUCGAAAUAAUGACAUAUUUUCCUGACAUUUUAUAACAUAAUGGUUUCCAUUUUCAAAUGGUAAAUUUAAUCAAAAAAAGCUUUUCACUUUAAGAGUCCUUGCACGAUGAGAUGUCACAUCUAUACUUCCCACAAGUAACUACAGUAUGUGUUCUGGGAGUAGUACUGGAAUUUCUUAGUCGUUAUUUUUAUGUGCAAUUUAUAAAUAAGGAAAAUAAUAGAUUUGGUACCUGGUGACGAUGGUAAUUGUGUGAUGAUGCUACUGAAUUGAUAAGAUUUAAUACUAGAUCUUAGACUAUAUUUAUUUUCCCCACUCACCUACCUUGCCCCUUGCCUGGUUUCGCCUAUCACCUUCCAGCCUGUACUCGUUCCCCUCCUUCCAGCUGCUUAUUCUGACUUCUUCCCCCUUCCCCUCCCGUCCUGAUGAGGGUCAACUGUUCAUCCUUUCUACAGAUUCUGCCUGGUCUGCUGAGUUCCUCCAGCAUUUUGUGUGUGUUACUCAGGGUUUUCAGCAUCUGCAGAAUCUCUUCUCUUUAUAUUUAUUUUCAGUAUGUUUUCCAAAAAAUCGGUUUAAAUUUUACUUCAUUCAGGAACUUUUGUACUAGAAAUCUCUAUUUUGUACCAUAAGUGUGUAGCUGACAAUCUUUUUCAAGGUGGCUUAUUACUAUGUGUAAUUUGAUUGUGUGAUUGAGUAUCAAUUAUAAAGACUAGGAUUAAUAAUGGAGACAAUAAAAGCAACUGGAAAAUGA